GAAGUCUACACGCAGCACGAGGAGAAACUGCAAGCUCGGGAAGAAGCAGGCCAAGUUCCAUCAAGCGAGUCGGCCGCGACGGAGGACAUCAAGAUAUCAAGAGAAGACAUCCUGCGUCGGAUAGAGGAAGAUCGAGAGCGUCACAAGCGGCUCCGUGAGUUUCUCUGGCUUGUUCCAGCCGGAGACCCGCAGCUAGAGUUCAGCGAUGCCUGGGAGGCAACGAGCGAUCUCAACGACGAUGAUCAGGCCACGAUGCGCGACGAGCUGGCCUUGUGUGCCAGCAGCCAGUCUUGAAAUUCUGUCUUGGUCCUACAGCGUUCUCCCAGGAGCACAUCAUGUCUGCCGUCUCGAUGCUCUUCUCUUGCUAGUCUUGGGUACAGUUGCACAUUGGAUCGAUCGUCAUAUCGUCACUGAAAACGUCGCCAUCUUAAAAGGGCCCGACUUCCGCAUCAAGGCCCUCGACAUCCGGCAAACUAUACUACUGCGCUGUUAUGCACCGAGCUUACUAUCAGAGCGCCUUUCGACCUCAUCCGGCUCAAUACAGGCAUACAAUCUCGCGCGACCCUCGCAUUUCCCCCUUCCCGCCAGAACAAGGUCGCUAUAUCCUUUACGCAUCCUUGUUGGACCCUUGGUCAUGCUGCGAUCUCAUCAUGAUGACACUCAAGGGACUCGAAGGUGUCGUGGACCACUGCAUCACCUACUACAACCUGGCAGGUGCUGAUUAUGGCUGGGAAUUCAGACCCGAUGUUGAAGGUUGCCAUGCGGAUCCCAUCUUUCAGGCGCGCUACACGGCAGACAUCUACAGGUACAACGAUCCUCAUCCUAGUCCUGGUGCACGUUUCACAGUGCCCAUAUUGGUGGACAAGAAGACGCGGCGUAUUGUCAAUAAUGAUUCAGGGGAAAUUAUGCGCAUCUUUGAGAGUGCUUUUGAUUCUCUUGUACCGGAGCCCUUUCGAAGCAGGCGCUACUACCCGGAACACUUGUGCACUGAGAUUGAUCAUACCAACGAAUGGGUCCACAAGUACAUCAGCAAUGGUGUCUACAAAGCGGGCUUUGCCGUGCAGCAGCAAGUGUAUGAUGAACACAUUUUUGCCCUCAACUUCCACAUGGACAAGGCUGAGGAUGUGCUUGGACGUUCGCGAUUCCUUGUCGGCGAUCGAUUGACGGAGGCAGAUGUACGGUGCUUUACAACCAUGGUGCGAUAUGACUACGUCUACCAUGGUCUCUUCAAGUGCAACUAUGCCUUUCUCAGGCACGACUAUCCAAAUAUUCAUCGGUGGCUUCAGAGUCUCUACUACAGCAAUGAGUACCCUGCCUUCCGCAAAUGGACGAAUGCUACACAUAUCCGUGCGUACUACAACUUGGAUGGACCUGUGCUGCCAAUCUGUCCCGCGCAUAUCGUUGAGCCGCCGUCGUAGUUGUUGAGGAACAGAGUCGCUUCGGGACCGGAGAUGCGAACCAUUGCAGUACAAGUGUUCAUAGAGAAGUAUCUGCCCGGUCAAUGAUGAGCAGUGUUGGGCUGUGGUAUAGGCUCAGACGUGACUUCAGCAGGUAUAAUCAUUGAUGAACACUCUCAGCGUGUGCGGAUACUUUUGGUAGGUAUCAGCCAAGGGGUCGGCUUCUCUUGCAAAAAUGGCUUUUUGACCGAAUGACUGAAGCACGAAAAGAGAAAGAGAUGCUCGAAGAAGUGAUGGAGAGGACUGGAGCGUGUUGAAAGUGUCUU